AUGUCAUCUGGGUUCGCCGACUUCGACGCCGGUCAUCGUGAUUUGGUGACCGUGACCAAGUUUAAUUUCUAUGGCAAUCGCAUUGUGACUGCUUCAUCUGACCAUCGUAUGAAGGUGUGGGAUCAGAAAGAUGGUGAAUGGCAAUUAACUGAUACCUGGCGUGCCCAUGACGCAGAGAUCCGCGAUGCGACCUGGAAUGGGCCCUUCACUGGCCAACAUAUUGGCAGUGUGGGUGAAGAUAUGAAAUGUAAAAUAUGGCAGGAAGAUGUCACCCAGCCACCUAACUCCGGCCGGAGGUUUAGAGCUAUCUUUCGCUUGACAGCACCGCAGCGCCAUCCGUUUGUCUCAAUUGAUUUCCGUAACAUUGACCUAGAGUCAUGGCUUGCUCUUAUCACUCGCGACGGCUUUCUCAUGAUUAUGGAGCCCGUCACUCCGGAUACACUUGCGGACUGGCAGACCGUUGAUGAAUUUCGAGUUUGCGCCGCUCCCCAGAGAGGCGAGGAAACCAGCUUCAAAGUGCAGUUCCACCAUGAUCCAACGGAUAUCACACAUUCUAUUCUUCCCUCCUGGGACCGUAAAAGUUUGUCCCUCGUUGUGGCGGCAAUGGAUAGUGUGAAGAUAUACCGGACCGAUGCUAAUCGCCGCUUCUAUCCCGCCAUUGAAUUAACUGGGCAUGGGGGCUUAGUACGAGAUUUAUCUUGGGCUAAUGGGUCGGUCCGAGGUUAUGACCUUAUUGCUAGUGGAUGUAAGGAUGGCUUCGUUCGAGUAUUCGAAGUGUAUACUUCCGUUGCCUCGAGUGGAUCACAAGGCUCCAACCGGCACAGCUCUCAGAUGUCGACACAAUCACAAUCAUCUCGCGCAACUGCACAAUCAGGCAUUGGCUCUGCCCUCGCAAACCGCACGCCCAUGUCUAUGACUAGCCGUUCGACUACCGGUGACUCACAAUUCAAGCAUUCCUGUCGAGAGGUUGCAUGCAUCGAUAGCAAACAUCUAGACGUGUGGCAAGUCGGUUUCUCAUACUCUGGGGAUUGUCUUAUUUCCUCUGGUGACGACGGCAUCGUUCGAUUUUGGAAGAAGUCGUUAUCGGGCGAAUGGCUCGAAUACGCCGAAACGGACAUGACCUACCAAUAG